AUGCCUGCUGAAUAUGAUUCAUACCGCCAAAUAUGGGGGCCUAUGGUGACUGAGCAACUUGGAAACUCCACCGCCCAUCGACUGUCCGUUCCUACGUCGCGGGCGUACCCGCCUAUCCUGUCAACUUCGGCUUCCCCCACGGGGGCUUCAACGACCCCCUCUUUACCCGCAUCGUUCGGGGUCACCACAACACCGGCCCAGCAAAAGAUUCUCCUGCUCGUCACCUCUGUCAACUCGUUCACCCAGCGCGUGCUUUUCUACCUGACGCACGAGAGGCCGUUGCUCCAGUCUGCCAAGCGAAGACCGGACUGGGAGAAGCAUACCGCUGAAGAUGUGCUGAGGAUCCUCAACGCUAGCGACUCUCAGCCGGGCGCUAUGCUGCACCCUCUUACGUCUGACGCCAAGGCAUCCCUCUUUGCGUAUGGCGCCCAUCUCCACAAGUCGGCCGUCACCCUCCCCCCGCCGCUCUUUACUGCCUUCGGCUUUACUUCAUUCAAACAAGUACCCGCGGGAACGCCCAUCGCCACAAGACUCGGUGCCGUCCUGUUCAAAACUGCCCAAACGCCCACUUCGUCCGCUGCCAUCUGUAUCACCCACGGCCGUGUACCCCGGGGCAAAGACAAGCUCAUCGACCCCAAGAUUCCCAUGGCCAAUACUAUCAAGCUCGCGGGGCACGGCGAGAUCCUGGACAAUGUGCAAGGGUGGACGCAAGAGACCAAUGGAGCAUGCACGACUCAAAACUGCCGCACCCUCCUCUCAGCCCUCCAAUGGGCCGCCGAUCCCUCCUGCGGGGAUGUCAAGGUGCUCGCCUUCAUCACGGGCGACGGCUACGUUUCCAACGGUAUCGCCUUCAACCCCAUCGAAUACGCCUCCUCCCCUGGCCAAGAGACCUGGGACAAUAUCUGCGCCAUCGACGAUAGGUUGGUGGCGCAAGAGUUGAAAACAAAGUGUGAGGUGGCGUUGGGAAGAGUGUUUGCAGAGGUUGCCGGGGUUGAAGACCAAGAAGGGGGCGGUGGAUAUGGCUGGAAAGGCGUGGGAGAAGAAGGCCGAGGGAAAUCGGCUAGGGGGGACAAGGGGUACGAUAUAGCAAUGGAGCAUUCACGACUCAAAUCUGCCGCACCCUCCUCUCAGCCCUCCAAUGGGCCGCCGACCCCUCCCGCGGGGAUGUCAAGGUACUCGCCCUCAUGGGCGGCGGCUACCUUCCCACCGUUAUCGCCCUCAACACCAUCGGACUCGCUUCCUCCCCGGCCAAGAGACCUGGCACAAUAUCUGCCUCAUCGACGAUAUCGUCUCUUUCCUCUGCUCCGACGUUUCCGACGAGCAGCCGCUUUCAUGCAGGGCCAGGGCAAGGCGUUGAGUGAGAGGGGCAUUGUGACGGUAGCGUGUGUGAGGUGGAACACGGCUGCUGGUGGUGUGGCGCUCGCUACGGCUUGUGAUGUCGUCCUCGCCGGCCGGGGGGUGGGUUUGAACCCUUCUUCCAGGGGUAUGGGUCUGCAUGGAAGUGAACUUCACUCGUUCUCGUAUUUGCACCGAUGUGGACCUGUCCAUGCGGCCGAGAUCUUGCGCGAAAUGAAGCCUCUAACACAUCGCUCGCUCUCUCCUAUGGCCCCCCUCUCGUCGCCGCCAUGGCCGAGGCCAGAAUCCGCUCCUUUACCACCACUCCCACCUUCCCCUCCCUUGCACCACUUGCGAAAAGAAGAGCUCUCCCAAAUGCUGCUCGACUCGUUCUACCCGAUCCGGUCGGAGAGGUAUCACAUCUGCAGAUACAAGUUUGUGCGCAAGUCGGAAGCUGGCUCUACGCCUGCGCGGUAUGCGGUGCAUGAGGAGGAGAGGAGGCAGGAUGAAGGAGACAAGGCCGAGUUUGAUGAUGCGCCUGGAUGGGUGAGGGGUGAAGAUCCUCAGGAUCCCGCUGCACCCUUCCUCAGCGACCUUUGUGCCCGUGAAGAGGAUGUAUUGGGGAGUGUGGGUGGUCUAGACGGGAAGGAGAGGAAUUGUAAUAUCAUCACGGGCGAAGAGUGGAGGAUCGUCGACCCCGAUUCGGGGUUGUUGAGCUGUACGGUCGAGAUUCUGCCUCUCGGCGGUCUCGACGGCGAACCGUUCAACGUGGUGGUCAUUGAUGAGAUGCAGAUGCUCGGCGAUGAGAACCGCGGCGGAUCUUGGGCCAAAGCGAUCCUGGGUACGGCGGCAAAGGAUAUUCAUUUGUAUGGAGAUGAAACGACCGUGGAGCUGCUUCGCGGUAUGAUCACCUCCCUCGGCGAUACCCUCGCCAUCCACGAAUACAACCACCUCACCCCCCUCCUCGUCGGCGACGCAUCCAUCGAAAAUGAAUAUAGCAAGAUCGAAGAUGGGGACUGUGUCGUCACGUUCUCGAGGUCGUGUAUAUUCAAUUUGGAGAGGGUGAUUGAGAGUCAGGGGAAAAAGUGUGCGGUGGUGUAUGGGGCGUUGUCGCCAGAAACGCGGGCGGAGCAGGCAAAGGGUUUCACUGAUGAGAAUGGGUUGUGCAAGGUUCUGGUGGAUAGUGAUGCCGUCGGGAAGGGGCUCAAUUUCGCCGGCCGCGCCGGCCGAUUCAAGACUGGCGCCGACAAGAACAUUGCAACCCUCGACGAAGCGCCCUUUUCCAGCGGCUACGCUACCACCUUCAAACCCGCUGACCUCCCCGUCCUGCGCAAAAUGCUGGACUGGAAACUCCCUCCCAUCGCGAGGGCCAAGAUGGAUAUCCCUACUAUCAGCCUUAUCGAGCUCGCUGCCCUCCUCACCUCUAGUCUGACAUACGGCGACUUGGUGAAACACUGUUCCACCCUCGCCAAGCUUCCUCCUUCUAUCGCCGUGACCGACCCAUUCAACAAGCUCGCUAUCGCCGACGUCAUCAAGACGUACCGUCUAUCCUUGUCUAUCAGCUAG